GCCAGUGAGCAAGCGUACACUUCACACUGCCAUCCGCUCCAUCGACCAGCGGUGGCCGGCGACGCCGCCACGGUGCUCGUCCCCUACCAGAAGCGGCGGCGGCCGGAGCGACGGAGAGCGUGUGUUCCGGCGACUGAGUUGAGGAGGGGCGCUCGCCACCUGUUCGACGGAAUGGCUACGAGGCGCGACGGCAGCAGCAGACGCGAGGGACUCACGGCCGAGGAGGACGGCGGCGAGGACUGGCUUAGCACCCUCCCGGACGAGAUCCUCCACAAUGUCCUCUCCUUCCUGCCAGCGCACGAGGCCGUGUGGACGUGCGUGCUCUCCCGCCGCUGGCGCAACCUCUGGAGGUCCGCCCCCGUCCUGCGCAUCAGAAACGCAAAGAGAUGGGGUGGUAUGGCUAAGUUCGACAAGUUUUUCAACAAUCUACUGCUCUUGCGCGACCCGGUGCCUCUUGAUGAGCUCGAGUUCCAAACCGUAUUGGGCAUUUGCAAGUUGCAUCCACUACAACCUUCUUUCCGCUUGCUUAAGUACGCUAACACAUGGAUCAGGCAUGCGCUAAUGUGCAAUGUUCGGGUUCUCAGAGUCCUCGUUCAAUAUCAAUAUGAUCUACCCCUGCUGAAAGUCAACAUGCCUCUCAUCUCUGAACACUUAAAGACCUUAGAGCUUAGGCGUGUACUGCUGGACAAGCGUGCUCUGGAUUUCUCAAGCUGUCCUUCACUGGAGGAACUUGAGAUGAAUUUUUGUGGGAAUUCCACCACCAACAAGAUUUUCUCACAGUCACUGAAGCGUCUUUGCAUCACCGAUGGUCGGUUUACUGACGAUCUGUCAAGCUUACCUGCAUUGCAAGACCUUGAGAUGGAAUCAUGUGGAAUUUGCACCGAGAAGUUGGUGUGCCAGUCACUAAAGCAUCUCUGCUUCACUCGAUGCCACUUCGAGGAGCCCACACAUAUUUCUGCCCCAGGUCUUAUUUCGCUACAGCUGAAUGAUAUAUGGGGCUGGACUCCUUCACUUGAAACCUUGCCAUUGCUAGUAACAGCAUCUGUCAAGCUUGGGAAAGAGUCAAUGGGUUGCUGUUCGGAAUGCACAUUUCAUCCUGGUACAUGUGCUGAUUGUGAUGGUGAUCCUGAUAGCAGUUUCAAGUGUGAGUUUCUCAGAGAUCUGUCCAAUGCUGUGAAUUUGGAGUUAGCAGCUGAAGAUGGAAUGUGUAUGUUCAAACAAGACUUGACAUGGUGCCCCAGAUUCAGCAAGGUAAAGACUUUGCUUCUUGAUGGGUGGGUUGUUGGGCAUGAUUUCUAUGCUGUUGUUUGCUUUCUCCAACACACACCAAUUCUGGAGAAGCUCACCCUUCAGCUUUGUGAGGGACAUGAACGUAUGGUGGAAAUUGAAGAAAGUAGCAGAUCAGUGGGACGUAUGGUUCAGUUUGAGCACCUUCAAACAGUCGAAGUCAGAUGUUUAAGGAAUGAUGAAUGGGUUCACAAGAUUUUGAAAAUCUUGAAUACCUAUGGGAUUACUCCAGACAAAAUCACCAUCCAGAUCCAGAUGUCAUGUGGGGACUACAUAUGACUGGAGACCAGUAGGUGCUGUGAGAGAUGUAUCAGCAACAGUUUUGGCAGUGGAGAGUAUAGUUAAGCGUUCUGAUUGCAGUUCUUAUAGAUAGAUUUGUGCCUAGUGAGUUUGUAACGAGAAUUGGAGAUGUGUACACUGAUUGACUUUGAUUGUAUCCAUUCUGGUUUUUAGAGUACUAGUAGUUUAUUAGGAAGUUGAACAAAUAAAUGAAUCAUUGGCGACUUGAGUACAUCCCUCCUGAACUGGCCCGUACUUUGGCAUUCAUUAUACCUAUACUUUCAACAUCAUACUCUUCAAUGAUUCUGUUAGGAGAAAACACAGCUCAUUUAGUUCUCGGGAGCAAGUGAUAAUUUCUACAGUAUAUACUUUUAUCAACUGCAAAGUCCCUU